GCUUAAGCUUCAAUCUUGUUUAGAUCGAUCUGUGUUUGGAGCUCUCUCUAUACCUUCUUCAGAAGGGUAUUCGUGUCUUUUUCCUUUAAUAUUCCAGGACUGUUUGAGCCUUUUUCUUAAACAAUUCUCAUUUAAUGGAUGAUGAUGAUGAUGGAUGCUACUUCUAUUUAUCUAUUAUCAUUAUCACUUAGCUUUUAUAGCAAUCAAUGUUCACACCGACGCAAGUAAAAGAAACAGGCUUUUAUUAGCACUUGUUAAAUUGUGUCUGGUAAGGUUUUGUUUUCCAUUAAACGUCGAAAGCUUUGUUAUGAUCAUUUCAAGAUUCUCAAAACUCUUUUGAUGUCGUCUUCCUUAUUGUUAAUUGUUUUCAAAUCCAUCUCCAUAUUUAUAACAUAUCUAUCAACUUGUUCAUCACUCAUCAAAAUAUCUCAUCAAGAAAUAGAGCUCCACGAUUGUCUGAUCAUGGUGGAGGAGAAGAAACCCGGAAACGAAACUCUGGUCGAUCCAACAGUUGAAGAUAUGUUACUACAUGCAUUAGAGCUUGUCCCUAUUGCUUUGGACAAAGCAAGAACUAUUACAUGUUUCUCCAGCAGGUGGAGAGUGAUCAUAUCAAGGUUAGAGAAGGUACCGACAUGUUUAUCAGAUUUCUCUAGCCAUCCUUGCUUCUCCAAAAACACUCUCUGCAAAGAACAGAUUCAAGCGGUCUUACAAACCUUGAAAGAAGCCAACGAGCUCGCGGAUGUAUGCGUGCAAGAGAAGCAAGAAGGGAAACUGAAGAUGCAGAGUGAUCUCGAUUCUCUAUCUGCGAAAAUCGAUCUUAGCUUGAAAGAUUGUGGAUUGCUAAUGAAAACAGACGUUCUCGGAGAAGUUACACAAUCAAUUCAAGUCAGAGAGUUGCUUGCUCGACUUCAAAUAGGUCACUUGGAGUCAAAACGCAAGGCUCUUGAGCAGCUCGUUGAGGUAAUGAAAGACGACGAAAAAGCGGUUAUAACCGCUUUGGUUCGGACCAAUGUGGCGUCUUUGGUGCAGCUUUUGACAGCCACUUCGCUUAGUGUAAGAGAGAAUGCUGUGACUGUGAUCUGCUCUUUAGCUGAAUCAGGAAAAUGCGAGAAUUGGCUUGUCUCCGAGAACGUGUUGCCUCCAUUGAUAAGGCUCCUUGAAUCCGGCAGUCAAGUAGCCAAAGAGAAAGCUGUUAUGUCGUUGCAGAGAUUGUCCAUUUCAUCGGAGACAUCGCGUUUGAUUGUUGGACACGGAGGGGUUAGUCCGUUGAUAGAGAUUUGCAAAACAGGGGACUCUGUUUCUCAAGCUGCUUCCGCUUGUACUUUGAAGAACAUCUCCUCUGUUCCUGAAGUAAGACAGAACCUUGCGGAAGAAGGAAUCGUUAAAUUGAUGAUUAACUUGCUUAACUGCAGAGUUCUGAUGGGAUCUAAAGAGUAUGCAGCGGAGUGUCUUCAGAAUCUCACUUUGAGCAACGAAGCUCUACGAAGAUUGGUUGUAUCAGAGAACGGGGUUCAAACUCUGCUCGCUUACUUAGAUGCACCUCUCCCACAAGAAGCUGGAGUUACGGCGAUUCGGAACCUCGUUGGCUCUGUUUCUGUUGAGACUUACUUCAAGAUCGUCCCAUGUUUAGUCCAUGUUCUUGAGUCAGGAUCAACAGGAGCUAAGCAAGCGGCUGCAUCAACUCUUUUCAGGAUUGCUACAUCGAAUGAGACUAAGAGAAUGAUCGGUGAAUCGGGUUGUAUCCCUUUAUUGAUAAGAAUGUUGGAGGCGAAAGAGAAUGGAGCUAGAGAGGUUGCUGCUCAAGCUAUAGCGAGCCUUGUGACGGUUCCAAGGAACUGCAGAGAAGUGAAGAGAGAUGAGAAGGGUGUGAUGAGUCUUGUGAUGCUGCUUGAGCCUAGUCCGAGCAAUUCGGCAAAGAAGUAUGCGGUUUCGGUUUUGGCCGCUCUGUGUUCGAGCAAGAAGUGUAAAAAGCAGAUGGUUUCUGGUGGAGCUGUUGGUUAUCUGAACAAGUUGUCGGAACUGGAGGUUCCUGGCUCCAAGAAGCUUCUUGAGAGGAUUGAGAAAGGGAAACUGAAAAGUUUCUUUAGUAGGAAGUAGAUGAAGAAAAUGAGGCAAAAUCUUAUAUUAAAACUAUGGUAUAUAAUAUUUGUGUAUGUUGUAAUGUUUCAUAAUCUUAUACUCCCUCCGUUUUUUAUUAUAAGUCGUUUUAGAGAAUCUUUUUUGUUCCAAAUUAUAUGUCGUUUUCGGUUUUCUAUGUAAAAUUUAUUAAUAAUUAAUGUUGUAUGACCAAUAGUAAUAUAUCUUCUAUUUUUCUA